AUGUCGGACCUCAAAUUGCCAGAUUCCAACUCCACCGUUCGCGUACAUUUGAUUGAUAGCACAACUUGCUUGACCAUCAAGGCAGAAAGCUUCAUUCGUCCAGUCCAAUACGGCCACGAACUAAUCAACUGCACCGAUGUCGCGUUCCUGAUUGAGAACGAGAAAACCGGCAAGCGGGUGCUCUUCGACUCCGGAUGUCGCAAAGACUACUGGAACCUCCCUCCUGUAAUCCAGAAGAGGUUGGGCGACGUAAUCCCAGGCCUGAAGGUCGACAAGGACGUCAGCGAGAUCCUGCAGGAGAAGGGUGUCGAGCUUGAUUCCGUCGGCUCGAUCAUCUGGUCGCACUACCAUUGGGACCACACCGGCAAUGCCUCCCUCUUUCCCAAAUCUACCUCCAUCACCGUUGGUCCUGGCUUCAAAGCUUCAUCCGCCUUGCUGCCUGGCUAUCCAGAAGCACCUGACUCACCUGUAUCUGCCUCCGACUUCAAAGACCGCGCCGUCAACGAGAUCAACUUCAACGACUACGACGCCUCAUCUUUCCUCGAGAUCGGAGGCUAUCGCGCGCAUGACUUCUUCGGAGACGGCUCCUUCUACCUUCUGGACACCCCAGGGCACUGCAUAGGCCAUAUGUGCGGACUAGCUCGCGUGACCGGCUCCAACGCACCUCUGGGCAGCACAUUUGUCUUCAUGGGUGGCGACAUUGCACAUUUCGCAGGUGUCUUCCGGCCAUCUGAAGCCAUUCCGCUACCAGACCCAAUUCCUGAGGGCGUGCUUGACGAAGCACCUCAGUUCUCCAUACCGUGUGAAGCGUGGUACUUCACCGACAAGCACCCAAGGUUCGUGAGCAAUGUCCCGGACAACAAUCGCCGGGAUGACGGGCAGCAGGGCUCGUGGUACAAAGUGAGCACUCAUGAGCGCUCCGGCUACACCGAGCCAGACACAGCGCAGGAGUCUGUCGACAAGAUGCAGGCUUUUGACGACAGCCCGAACGUCUUAGUGUGCACGGCACACGACCCGACCCUGUUGGACUACCUGCCAACGCUCAACAAGGAGGGUGUGAAGGGAGACGGGCUUAAGGACUUCAAGGAGAAGGGAUGGAAGGAGAAGUGUCAUUGGGGUUGGCUCAAUGAACUUCCUCGAGAUGGCAAGCCUGGCAGGCCACCGAUUGUCGAGGGAUUCUGGCGGGAUGGAAAGCCAUGGGACCGAAGUGAGCCCCAAACCAUAGCACAAGCAGCGAUCGCGGCCGGCACUGCCGCCGUCAAUGCCGCCAAAGACCUCCUCACGAAAUGA